CCUGGGGCUGUUUGUGGGAGAGCUGGGGGCUGGGCGGCGUCACGGGGCUGCUCAACCUUUCUUUCCUUCUUUCUUUUUGAGGGCGGGUACUGAAAGUAGGGACGCUUUGCCUGUGAUCUACAUUACCAGUUAAUAACUGAGGGCCUCGAGAAAUUUCUGAAGCUGGCCUCAAACUUCCGAUCCUCCUGCCACAGCCCCCGGAGUCUCCAGGAUUACCGGCGAAUGCCAGUGCGUAGGCUCUGGAUUGCGCGCGAGGGACGCAGAGCCGCAAGGAGAUAGUGUCCACAAUAGCGCAUGGUCCAGUGAGGCCGACGCUAGAGUUAAAGAUAAGCUCGUUGCUGGUGCGUGCAGGAAAACUUAAGACCAGAUAGACGAGGUCGAGGGAGGCAAUUUCUGGUCCCGACUGACCGUGGGGGUCUGAUCCUACCAACAGCAGCCCCGGUCACCGAGGGUGUUCCCGCUCCCCAUGGCAGGCGGUGCGGUGGGGCAUGCCCAGGGGCCCGGGAGGCAACACCGAUUCCCUGCUAGGAGCACCCUCCGGGAUGCGGCCAAGGACAGGACCCCAAAAAACAUUUCAGUGCAACGGAAAGGGCUUGACUUUGGAGCUGGCUCCAACGCGGUUGAGGAGGUCACUUCCCUCCGGGGACCUCUGGUUUCUAGGCAGGAUUUUAGGGGUAUAAGUGGACCGAGAGCUCUCUCUCUUUUCCAACACAUCUCCUGUUCCAUUUUGGCACCAUCACUGCCACCCUGUGCCCUGGACUGCAAUAUCCGAGGGUAGGGACUCCUUCCUCAAGUUUAGUUCUAAGUCCUCGGUGCUUGGAACACAGCACACCCAUAGCAGUUUUAUCACAUGCAUGAAAAUACUAGCAAGAAAUACGGCACACAGCAGGCACUUUAAGCUGCUGCUCUUGUCCCAAAAGAAAGGUGCAUACUGGCAGACCCCCAGGAGUAUGGGCCUGUCCUGAUUUAGAGUGGGCUGGAGGGGUAGUUCCGGUUCAGAGAGUAGUUAGUCUCUCGGGUAGGGCAGGCUUGGAAUCUGGAUUCAUCACUUUUGUUUCUCUGGCCCCACCCUCCCCCCACCUUGUUCCCAGACUGGGAGGUUAAGGGUUAACUCGAGGAUGCCCCUUCAGCACCUGAGUAGGAUUGGGGAGGGAACUCACUUCCUGUCCCAUUUUGCUGGAGUCUUUCCCCAGGCUAGCAGAAGGUGGCUUUGGCCCUGGAACACUGAGAAAACCCCAAGCAUCUCUCCUCUGUACUGAGGAUCCUGAGUGGGCCUUACUAAUUUGCUGAGAGCCACACUAAGUUGCUGGGACUGGCCUUGAAGUUGUGUUCUUUGUGCCUCAGCCUCCGGAGUUGUUGGGAUUACAGGUGUGCACCACUGCCCCUGACCAAUUCUUAGGACAUCAAGCUCCACAGGUGUGGGAGGAACUGAGGAAAGGGACCUGGAGUGGGCCCAGCUGCAAGAGGCAUCCCCCACAGUGAAGGAUGCUUGCGGAGCCAGUCCCGACUCCACAGGAGCAAGAGCAGCUCGGAGCUGUCAAGCUGGAGGAGGAAGAGGCCACUGGCCAGGAGGCUACAAGGAGGCCAGUGGCCAGGCCUCGGCCUGAGGUGGCCCACCAGCUCUUCAGAUGCUUCCAGUAUCAGGAAGACAUGGGGCCACGUGGGUCCCUGAGCCGGCUACGGGAACUCUGCCACCAUUGGCUGCAGCCAUCUCUUCACACCAAGAAACAGAUCCUUGAGCUGUUGGUGUUGGAGCAGUUCCUGAGUGUGCUGCCCCCACACCUGCUGGGCCGCCUGCAGGGUCAGCAGCUCAGGGAUGGAGAGGAGGUGGUGCUACUGCUGGAGGGCGUGCCCAGGGAUGUCAGCCACGUGGGGCCACUGGAUUUUAGUUUCAAUACUGGCAAGAAUGGAUCCCGUGCAGCCAUCAACUUGGAGGAACAGGGGGGCCCUUCUCAGGUCCCCAGCCACAGCCCCAAAAAGGAACUGCCCUCAGAAGAACCUCCAGCUCUGUGUCCAUCAAAUGAAUUGCCCCCAUUCCAGCCAGAGCCUCCUGGUCCAGCUGAGCCUGGAGAGUGGAAACCUGCUCUAGAUUCAAGCCAGUCACUGAGCCCGGGGCCCCAGAGGACACUCCAGCCCCUGCAAGAUAACAUCCCACAGGGUGCCUUGUGUCAGGAGGAGAAUACCCAAGAUCAGGAGCUGGCAGCUGUGCUGGAAUCCCUGACCUUCGAGGAUGUCCCAGUGAAGAAGGCCUUGCCCAAGCAUCUUGUGGGAUUUGGAAGCAGAACCCCGGACAAGGAGGAAUUUAAACCAGAAGAGCCCAAUGGGGCUGCCUGGUCCUCUACCAUCUCAGCAGAGUCACAAGCAGACAGCUUGGGGGUGGCUGGAGAACCUCUUACCCAGACGCUGGGGCCAGGCCCUGAGACCAGCAGUACUGGUGGAGGAGGGUCCCCUCCUGGCAGCACUGAAGUUUUGGAGGUCGCAGUGGGCGAGGACAACCCUAGAUCAGAGGAAGAACUGCACUUCAUAUGCGCCCAGUGUGGCGCGAGCUUCCGGCAGUUGUCCCGCCUGAAGGCACACCAGGUGCGUUCUCACCCGGUUUCGCGUUCCUUCCAGUGCCUCUGCUGCGGAAAGAGCUUUGGCCGCAGCUCCAUCCUCAAGCUGCACAUGCGCACGCACACUGACGAACGGCCGCAUGCCUGCCACCUCUGCAACCACCGCUUCCGCCAGAGCUCCCACCUGGCCAAGCACCUGCUCACGCACUCUUCUGAGCCUGCCUUCCUGUGUGCUGAGUGUGGCCAGGGUUUCCAGCGUCGUUCCAACCUCGUGCAGCACCUGCUGGCGCACACCCAGGACCAAAAGCCCACGUGUGUCCCAGAGGCCAAGACAGAAGGGCGAGAGGCGACCGUCUUCCAGUGCCCCCACUGUGUGCAGACCUUUCAGCGCCGCUCCAGCCUAAAGCGUCACCUGCGGAUCCAUGCCAAGGGCAAGGACCACAAGGGCUCUGAAGACUCAGGUAGUCAGAGCCAGAGCCGCGAGAAGAGGCCCUACGUUUGCAGCGACUGCGGCAAGGCCUUCAGGCGCAGUGAGCACCUGGUGACCCACCGGCGCGUGCACACUGGUGAGAAGCCUUUCUCAUGCCAGGUCUGCGGUCGCAGUUUCACCCAAAGUUCCCAGCUGGUCAGCCACCAGCAAGUGCACACAGGUGAGAAGCCCCACGCCUGCCCACAGUGCGGGAAGCGCUUUGUCCGACGUGCCGGCCUUGCCCGCCACCUGUUGACACACGGUGGCCCACGGCCCCACCGCUGUGCCCAGUGUGGCAAGAGCUUCAGCCAGACUCAGGAUCUGGCCCGCCAUCUGCGCAGCCACACGGGCGAGAAGCCCUGCCGCUGCAGCGAGUGUGGCGAGGGCUUUAGCCAGAAUGCCCACCUGGCGCGCCACCAGCGCAUCCACACUGGGGAGAAGCCCCAUGCCUGCGACACGUGCGGCCACCGCUUCCGUAAUAGCUCCAAUCUGGCCCGUCACCGCCGCAGCCACACUGGGGAGCGGCCCUACAGCUGCCCGACCUGUGGCCGCAGCUUCCGGCGCAAUGCCCAUCUGCAGCGCCACCUGGUCACACACACGGGAGUGGUGCAGGAGGUGGAAACCCCGCAGGAGUGCCCGGAGUGUGGUAAGAGCUUCAGCCGCAGCUGCAACCUGCUGCGACACCUGCUGGUGCACACGGGUGCCAGGCCUUACUCCUGCGUGCAGUGUGGUCGUGGCUUCAGCCGCAACUCCCACCUGCUGCGCCACCUGCGAACCCACGCCCGGGAGACGCUGUACUAGCAUCACCAAGGUUCCAGCAGCACUACUCGGGCACCUGUGGAUGGAUAGCACCCGAGGCCUUCCUCUACGUCCCCAUGACGCCCACUUCCUCCGACUCCUUAGUGUUUGUUCUCCCCGCCUGUGGCUUUUUUGUUGUUGUUGACCUGGGGAUUGAACCCAGAGGUGCUUUACCACUGAGCUACACCCCCAUCAGGAUCUAAGUUGCUGAGGCCAGCCUCCACCUCAGUCUCCCCAGCCAACAGGAUUACAGCAUGGCCCACCACACCUGGUCCCUCCUGUGGCUUCUUUUCCUGGCCUCAAAAGUGUAUUUCAUAUACACAAAGUAAAGCGGCCUUCUUGAAAGUGGUUCUCUUUUAUUUCUUUUUUCUAACCCCAUCGCUGCCCCACUAGGUCCAAUCCUUCUAUUUACAUCCACCAAACUGCCAUCUGUGACAGGCAGCUUGUUGGAAGGUCCAGGAAUCUCACCCUGGAACUUGAUUCUCUUCCAGAGUUUACCCCCAAACCAGUGCUGUCCAAUACAGCAGUCCCAAGCCAUGUGUGGCAUCUCUAAAUUCAUCAUAAUAGAAUAAAGUGUUAAAUCCCA